AUGUAUCAAACAAGCAAUGGAUCUAAAGCACCCAAAAAAUUGAUGCAAGAUAUAAGUACACGGUGGAACUCUACUUACUAUAUGUUAGAUCGUUUUGUUGAGUUGGAAGAUGCUAUUAGAGGUACUCUAGGGUUAUUAGAUAACUCUCCUCAAACACUCUCAGCAGAUGAAUGGAAAAUUACCAAAGAGCUUAUUCAAGUGCUAUGUCCUUUUGAGGAAGCUACAAAGGCGGUAAGUGGUAGUAAGUAUAUGACCGCAUCUAUAAUUUUAGUAAUUUCUCAAGGUCUCAAAAAUGUUUGUGAGCAGAUGGCUAGGAAAAACUUUACUGUAGAGGUUAUAAAUGUUCUACAGCAGUUACUAAGUGGCAUGAAUCAUAGAGAUAGAUGGGGAGUAAUAGAAAGUAGUAAGACAUUGGUUAGGUGUACAUUCCUGGAACCUCGAUUUAAAUCAAUAACAUUAUCAGAUUCUAUGCAACGGUCGGUGAAAAAUGAUGUUAUUGAGUUAACUGCUGAAAUUAUUUCUAAAGAUCGAUCGUCUAAUGCUCCACUUCAAGAAGACUCCAAUUCCAUACCUGAACCAGUUGAUAGAGAUGAAAAUGUUGUGUCUAUCUGGAAAACAAUAGAUACAAAAGUGGCACAACUUCAACCUACAGGUACAGUUACAUCUAGAGCGAUAAUUGAGGUGCAUCGAUGUUUAGAGGACUCAAUUAUCAAUAGAAAUUGUGAUCCUCUUAAGUGGUGGUUUGUUAAUAAACAUAAUUAUCCUUACCUCAAUCAGUUGGCCAGAAAAAUGUUAUGUGCUCUUGGAACAUCAGUGCCAUGUGAAAGGGUGUUUUCCAAAGCUGGGCUACUGUUAAGUGAUCGUCGCUGUAACUUGAGCAGCAAAAAAGCAGAAAUGUUACUUUUCUUGAACCAAAAUACAUAA